CUCUCGUCACACCUCCACUCACAGAAAUCAUAUUCUUGAAAUUUCCACAUAGUUUUUGUCUGAUCAAUCUGCUCCAUUCCGCUCUGAAUCAAAACAAUGAGAAAUCGUGUAUUAUCGAACAAGAUGGCAUUCUCUAGAGUUUGCCUUUAUGACUGUACAACUAGUCUGCAAUAUUGGGGCCCAUCAUGGGGACUGCUCGAGGAUACAAGCCGGUCAUUCGGUGGUGGGCCUAAAAUUGCGUACCGGAUAGUUCAGUUAAAAAUUGAAUCGUAGAGAAUCUCACCCGAUUGAAUAAUGUAGAAGGAUUGACAAUCAGUAGCUUGUGGAUGAUCGAUCUACUGGUAGCAGUUUAGUAUAUAAAGAACUUCCCAAGUUUGAGGUGUAACUCAGAGGUUGAUAGUCUGUUUUGGAAACUGUAAUCUAUACGCUGAAGUUAUGAAUCAGCGGCAAGAGAAGUUCGUGAGGUUUCAGGACCGCAAAUAUGGAUUUAAUACGGAGGAGCAAUCCUCUAGAAAACUAUGGUCUUUAAGCAGCAUCUUGGGAAAAAUCUUGGGCUCGAUGAAGGAAAUCCUUGACCCGCAAGGGCCAUUUCUUCAGAAGUGGAACAAAAUAUUUGUAUUGUCGUGUGUGUUUGCAAUAUUUCUCGAUCCUUUGUUCUUCUACAUUCCUGUAAUUGAUGAUGAUAAGAAAUGUCUUGGGUUGGACAAAAAGCUGCAGACCUCGACUGUUGCUCUGCGUUCCUUUUCUGACAUAUUUUACGUGAUUCAUAUGAUAUUGCAAUUCCGAACUGGUUUUAUUGCUCCCUCUUCCACUACUAUAGUAUUUGGAGGAGGUGUAUUGGUAAAAGAUCCUCGGGCAAUAGCAAGGAAAUAUUUGUGCUCGUACUUCUUUAUUGACAUUCUUGCUGUUCUUCCUCUGCCACAGGUGGUUGUUUUAUUUAUCAUUCCACACAUGGGAGGGUCAAGAUCUUUGAAUACAAAGACCUUGCUGAAGUUUGUUGUUUUAUUCCAAUAUAUACCAAGGCUUUUUCGAGUUCAUCCAUUGUACAAAGAAGCCACGAGAACUUCUGGUAUAUUCACUGAAUCUGCUUGGGCUGGAGCUGCAUUUAAUCUCUUUCUCUACAUGCUUGCCAGUCAUGUAUUUGGAGCAUUUUGGUACUUGUUUUCUAUCGAACGAGAAGCUGCGUGCUGGAAGAAAGCCUGUGGAAAUCAGACUGAAUGUAUCAACUCUUCAGUAUAUUGCGGUGGAGGAUUUAAAGUAUUUCUGAAUGACUCCUGCCCAGUACAGACACCAAAUGCUGCACAAUUUGAUUUUGGAAUUUUCCUCGAUGCUCUUAAGUCCGGUGUUGUUGGAUCAAUAGAUUUUCCGGAGAAGUUCUUUUAUUGCUUUUGGUGGGGCCUAAAAAAUCUGAGUUGUCUUGGUCAAAACCUCCAAACAAGUAACUUUGUUUGGGAAAUUUGCUUUGCGGUGCUCAUUUCCAUCUCUGGCUUGGUGUUAUUUGCGUUUCUGAUCGGAAAUAUGCAGACGUAUCUGCAGUCCACAACACAGAGAUUGGAGGAGAUGAGAGUCAAAAGGCAAGAUGCGGAACAGUGGAUGUCCCAUCGUUCACUCCCUGUGAACCUGAGGGAGCGAAUUAGAAGAUAUGAGCACUACAAAUGGCAGGAAACUAGAGGUGUUGAUGAAGAGUAUCUAAUCCGCAACCUUCCAAAGGACCUCAGGACGGACAUAAAGCGCCAUCUCUGUUUGGGUCUGCUCAUGAGAGUGCCAAUGUUUAAUAAAAUGGAUGGCCAACUAUUGGACGCUUUGUGCAACCGUCUAGAACCGGUGCUCUACACAGAAGACAGCUUCAUCGUGAGAGAGGGGGUCCCAGUUGACGAGAUGCUCUUCGUAAUGAGGGGGAAGUUAGUUACAAUAACCACUAAUGGUGGAAGGACUGGGUUCUUUAAUUUGGAUUAUCUCAAAAGCGGCGACUUUUGUGGAGAAGAACUUCUUACUUGGGCUUUAGAUCCUCGUUCAUCAACUAACCUCCCAAUCUCAACCAGAACGGUCCAAGCCCUCUCAGAAGUGGAAGCAUUUGUUCUAAAGGCGGAUGCUUUGAAGUUUGUCGCCUCUCAAUUCAGGCGGUUACACAGCAAGCAGCUCCGCCAUACUUUUAGGUUUUACUCGCAGCAGUGGAAGACUUGGGCAGCUUGUUUCAUACAAGCAGCGUGGCGGCGAUAUUGCAGAAAGAAGAUGGAAGUGUCUCUCAGGGAAGAGGAAAAUAGGUUGCAAGAUGCAUUGGCCGGAGGUGGCGGAAGCUUGCCGACUUUUGGGGCCACCAUUUACGCUGCUAGAUUCGCCACUAAUGCCCUCCGUGCUGUAAGGAGGAAUGGUGGGGCUUGGAGACUAAGGUUGCCGGAGAGAAUUCCUCAAAUGAUGCUUCAGAAGCCGGCAGAGCCCGACUUUACUGCAGAAGGUAAAUAAUACUAAUGCAGUUGGCCUGUUGUUUUCGUUUCUCGUUUUGUACUAGCUUUAUCUAUAUUGGUUUUCUUGUGCUGAAAGUAUUUUUUUUGAUCGGCAAAAGAAAAUUCCAUUAUCAGAAAGACAAAAAGAUGUGCUGAAAUGUUAUAUUGCCAAGUCUAUUUUGUAUUUGUUCCUAUAUUCGAUGGUGUAGAAGAGGAAGGCCCUAUAGUUUUUCUUGCGCUAGAUGAGUUGUUUUUCAAAAAAAUUGUUAUAUUGUAGUUGUUGGAGCAGUUGUUAAAUCUCUUAAAUCUUUUGAAUCACCGGGUGGUCAGCUGUGUUUGGGUUUUCAAAAUGAUCGGUGUGGAUCCGUCAUCCCUCCCCCCCGCCCUCCCUACCGUAACGAUAGAUACUUCUGGGGCUUUUCUACUUGUGCUUCGAAGUUGCUAAAUGGGACUAUCGAACAGCUGCAUUGGU